UGUUUUCAUGGGGACUUUAACUCCUGCAUAUAACCAAAACGUGCACAUUGUCCAUAAAUGUGACAAUCCAAUAUUAGUCGAUGGGUUUAACUUGAAAAGUUGCCCUCGAUAGCGUUUAGUGUCUGGUUUAUUCCAUCGACCUUUUCCCAUAAUUAUGGUCCCCAAUGGACGUAACUGAGAGAUACAGCAGGUCAACAGAGUUUCUUGCCAUGAGAUACUAUCAUAUUUUUGAGUUUGCCAUUCUACAGAGAUACAGUACAUGCUUCUUUUACUGUAUGUGCUCUUUUGGAGGAGACGGAGGCAUUUUCCGGUACACAUUUAAUCUGGCGACCUGUUUGUUAAUAAAAGCUACAUCUAACAUUUCGUGUAACACCUAAUAUUCCAAACAUUUGACGAUUAAAACAAAAAUAGACUGUAUAUUCAAUGUAAUUUAACCCACUAUUACGUGUUCGUGUAUUAAUUUAUAAGCAAUGUUUCAAAUCUGUAUACGGAUAGUUUCUAUUAGGCACCGCAUAUUCCCGCUCGGACCGAUUACAGUGUGACACAGGGGAAAAGCGGUCGGAUUGGUGUGUUAACCAGUAGCGGAGCCUCUGUGGAAUGGAUAAACGUGUGCAUUUAGCACACAGAAUAAACCAUUUUCUUUACAGUUUGAAGAUGUGCCUUUGAAGAUUGUAACAGAUAUUACCUGUAGAGUGAGAUUGGAGCGUCUCCUAUCAGACGGCUUGUCAUGGAGAAGUCAUGGAGGUUUUGGGGAAUCCUGAAGCGAUGCCUGAUGACUGUGUGCUCCUGGACUUGGGGAGUUUGUCGCAUCUCACUGCUGGCUCUUAUCCUUACCUUCCACCUCUAUGGCGGCAUCUUGUUGCUGGGUCUCAUCCUGGCCUCCGUGGCUGGGAUCCUGUACAAGUUUCAGGAUGUGUUGCUGUACUUCCCUGACCAGCCUUCCUCCUCACGCCUUUAUGUUCCCAUGCCUACCGGAAUUCCAAAUGAGAACGUCUAUAUACGUACUAAAGAUGGUGUGCGGCUCAACCUAAUUCUGCUGCGCUACACGGGUGAAAAUCCUGCCCUAGUACCCACCAUCUUGUAUUUUCACGGCAACGCAGGGAACAUCGGACACCGUGUGCCCAACGCACUUCUCAUGCUCGUUAACCUAAAAGCUAACGUGGUUCUGGUAGACUACAGAGGUUAUGGAAAAAGUGAUGGUGAGCCAAGUGAAGAGGGCCUCUAUCAGGAUGCCGUGGCCACACUGGACUACGUCAUGUCACGGCCUGACAUUGACAAGACUAAAAUCGUAUUGUUUGGCCGCUCUCUGGGGGGCGCCGUGGCCAUCAGGUUGGCCUCAGUCAACCCACACCGCGUGGCAGCUAUAAUGGUGGAGAACACGUUCUUGAGCAUCCCACACAUGGCGUCCACGCUCUUUUCCUUCUUCCCCAUGCGCUACCUACCCCUUUGGUGCUAUAAGAACAAAUUUCUGUCUUACAGGUACGUGACGCUAUGCCGCAUGCCCUCACUUUUCAUAUCGGGCCUGUCGGAUCAGCUUAUCCCACCUGUCAUGAUGAAGCAGCUAUACGAGCUGUCGCCUGCGCGGACUAAGCGCCUCGCCAUCUUCCCUGAGGGAACGCACAACGACACCUGGCAGUGCCAGGGUUACUUCGCUGCCCUUGAGCAGUUUAUGAAAGACCUGCUCAAGGGCCAUGCGCAAGAGGAGGCAUCCCAGGGCUCAGCAAGUGUCACCAUCAUCUAGAAACUACUACUCAUGUGGAUCUGCUGUAAUAGAAUGUUCAUUUUUACCCUCCUCCCACCACCCCAUUUCCCCAACUCCAUUUCUAGCACUUAAUUUUCACUGAUUAUUAUACUAGGGAUAUGUGUGUGGAUUGUGAUGGGAGGAGGGUGCAUUUUUAAAUAUCUUUAAAGCUUUCAGUUAAAAUAUGAAUGCAUGAAUGAUCCACUUCUGCAAUGUGAUAUCUUCUUAGUCUUCAUUUUCACACACUCAUUUGUACUGACUGUACAGGCCUUUUUAUACAGAGACUUUACCAUUCAAGGUAUACCAAAUGAUCAUUCACUGGCACAUCUUGCUGUAUAAUAAAGAUACUUGCCUAAUAAUGUCAGGCAAAGUGUUAAGUAUUUUGUUCUGUUUUGAUGCAGUGUGACUUGAAUGUUUGAAACAAAAUCUUAAGAGCUAACAUUUAAAAACCAUAAACUAGGCAGUGGCAGAGACGUGACAAGUACUUACAGGUGCAACCAGUGUUAUUUUUUUUUUCUUUUAUUUUUUUUUAAAUGUUUUUUUUCCUUUUUUUUUUCUUUUUUUUCCUUUUUUUUUUUUUUUUUAAGCAACCUGUAGCUUCAACAUCCUUCAUUCUGUUGUGUGUUUAAAGGCCUUGUUCUUGCUCAUGGGUUUACUUAUUGAAGCUGAAAACAGACUCAGGAAAUGUCUGAUUCCUGAGAGAAUCCCUUCAGUUUGAUGCCUGGCAUUUUGGUGUUCGAGCAGCAGAUGCUCAGAGCGUGCUGCAUACUUGCUUCAUCCAAAGGUGGCUGUGAAUCAUUGUGGCUGAUGGCAGGUUUCAAACAGUGUAAGAUUUCUUAAGGUGUAAAGUAUGUAGGAGUAUGACAGUGUUGCAAGUACACCCCUUCUGCAAACAUUGUAAAUAAGAUGUCUUGGAGCACAGGGCUGUUUGUGCUGCUGUACUUGGUUUUAAUAAAUUCCUAUACUCUGGAGAUGUUGGAGAAAUUCUUCCAGUUUUCCCAUAGUGGAAAUUGCUGUACUGCGCUUCAAAGUCUUUGGCCUCCAUAGGGGUGGACAAACAAUAAAUACAUUAACUAGCCCAGUGGUUUUCAAAGUGGGAGCCGCCAGGGGGCCUCAACAAUUUGAUGUGAAAAAUAAAUUCUCACUCUCCGACAACCCCACACACACACACAAUCAAUUCCUAAUGUGAUGUAAUGUAAAUAUGUAAGAUGUAAAUAUUAAUAAAAAAGGGGGAUAUAUUCAGAAGUCUGUAUUUUUAAUGUGUUUUAAAGACAUCUUACAAAAGGGCGGCCUCGGUCAAAUGUUAAUGCCAUUUGGGGGGCCUUGCCCUGGAAAAGUUUGGGAACCCCUGAACUAGCCUACCAGGCAAGUAAAAGCUCCAUUGUGCUGCUCAGGUCCAUGUUUUGGUUGCCUGGAAACCUGACUAGGCUAAAAAGUAGUAGCUAACAUAAUGUAAUAAUGAAUGGUAAACUGGUUAGAUAGUUAAAUGCACAAAUAAAAGAUCAUUAACCUCUUUUAAUAAAGUUUCUAAUGUAGCACAUGGUGUUUGUGCCCUCACAAAAAGUCAGCAACAGCAACCCCAAUGUUUCAGCUGAAAGAUUAGGUGUUCUGUCCUCAUGUAGCACGUAAAAGAUAUUUUUCAAGUCUGGACAAUUAGAUGAAUUCUAUAAUUCUGUUAUUUAUGAAUUUACACAAAUUAAUGUAUAAAGGCAUUUUUAUGUGCAUGAGUCAACAUUAAGAUCGGUCAGAUUUUCAGCCCUGCUAAGUUGAUAGUAAUCAUAAAUGUAAUAAAUGAAUGGAAUGUGUAUUGGAUUUAUAACAGCUCAGAACAAUUGUCUGAGAUGAUUUACAUGCUGCUUGUGGUUUGUUUUUGUUUUUUUACAUUCUGCAUUAAACAUUCUUAAAGGAAGACUACAUGAAACAGAAAGUGUCCCAGACACUUUUUAUAUGCUUAGGAUGUUCCUUACAGAUAUUUAAGUCACAUCACGAUUGUAAGUGUAUAUUAAAUAAAAAUGAUGAAUCAGGAAGGAAUUGACUUGGUCAAAUUCUGAAAUCCAAGUCAUUUCUAACUUGGUGCACAUUUUAAAGUUGUCGGAUUUGUUUGUUUUUAAGGGCUUUUUCAGUUAUGUUUAGAAAUGUUCUUAAUGGGUGUGUACUUACAGCCUGCAACCAAAAUAAUGCCUGAUCAGCAAUAAUCCAGUGUGCAUGGCUGUUUUGUAGCUGACAGAUUUGAAGCUAUGUAUCGAAUAAGGCCUCUGUUUGUGCGAAGAGUAAGAGAGGCUCAUUGGUAAAAAAAAUAAUAAUAAUAAUAAUAAGACACUGAAUUAUGUGUUUUAAUGCUGGAUCUCUAAUCAUUUAGCUAUUAUUAUAAGGCUGUGUUAUAUAGCCAUAAAUGCAACAGAAAUCUAGUCUUCAAGCAGUGAUACUGGAGUUUGUUUCUAGUAGCCCUAAAUGUGACUUUAAGCAGUUUUUGUUUCUUCAGUUAUGGUAUUUUACACAUAUCAGGAGAGUGCUGAUAAUCAGAUUGAUUCAUAUACCGUAGAUCCCUAGUCAAAUAUAAAGAGUUCUACAUUGAUUUUGGUAAUACCUAUUUUUUUUCUGCCAUUUAAAAGUGCAAAGUGCCAUGACAGUGAUUUGCCAUGUGUGAGUGUGUGUGUGUGUGUUGUUGAAGGGUGGGGGGGAAACUGUUUGUCAUAUCCUUCAGUGUUUGUACCAAAUAAAAGAUCCAGUCAAGCAUCAAAAACAUUGUAGGAGCUGACUUAAUCAUUGCUUCAUGAACCAUACUUUAAAGGAGUUUGUCAUACACGCAUGCUGUUCAUAUACAGUCCCCUCUGAAAGUCUCGGAAGAACAAGGCCAGUUCUAUUGUUUCCGCUUUACAUCGAAGACAUUUGGGUUUCAGCUCAAAAGAUGAAUAUGGGAUGAAAGAUCAGAGUUUCAGACUGACAGGUGUUUCUUGCUGCCCAGGUGUGCCCUCUUAAAUUGAUUCUUUUAAAAAUGAAUAGCUCUGGAUAUCUACUCUUGGCUUGAGCCCAAGGUUUCGCCUGUGAAGACUGCAUUUGUUGUUUAA